AUUCUAAGUACUCAAUUUGAAAUCCCAUUAUAUAUUUCUCAACUAAGCUUAAGUUAAGAUCAAAUUAAAGUAUUUAUUGUCGCAGUUCUUACCAGAAAAUAUGGCACCCAAGGUACACGGCACCUUGCAAUCACCAGCAACGUUGAGAGUAAUUGCUUGUCUUAAAGAGAAGGAGCUCGAUUACGAACUUAUCCUAGUUAAUAUGAAGGGUGGAGAACACAAAAAAGAACCUUUCCUCCGACUGAAUCCCUUUGGUAAAGUGCCAGUUUUCGAGGAUGGAGAUUUGAAGCUCUUUGAGUCAAGAGCAAUAACCCGAUACAUUGCACACACAUAUGUUGACCAUGGGAGCAAGUUGAUCCCCACAAACUAUAAAGAAAAGGCGAUCAUGUGGGUUUGGAUGGAGGUUGAGGCUCACCAAUUUGAUGUGGUGGCAUCUAAGCUGGUCUUUGAGCUCAUCAUAAAGCCCUUACUCGGCACGGUGACAGACAAUGCUAUUGUGGCACAACACGAGGAGGCGUUGUCCAAGGUUCUUGACGUGUACGAGCAACGCCUUAAGGUGUCAGAAUACAUGGCUGGGGAAUAUUUCACAUUGGUUGAUCUUCACCACACACCUGUCAUAAGUCAACUCAUGGGUACUAAAGCUCAGGUUUUUUUCAAAGCACGUCCACGUGUUGAUGCUUGGGUUGCUAAACUCUUGGCCAGGCCUGCUUGGUUAGAGGUUCAGAAGUUGGUCCUGUCAAACAACACUCCAGCUUCUUCAAACAACACUCCAGCUUCUUCUAUUUCGAGUUUCAUCUCUUCACCGUUUCUUUUGUGUUUUGAGUGUUCCAUCUUUAUCGUAAUUAUUUGUGCCAUGUUGCACUCUGUAUUUGAGCAUGUUUAGUUUUUCAUAUGUGACUUUGUACGAUGGCAUUUUACUAUCUGAAAUAAUGUUGUGGACUUGUAAAAAAUAUCAAUACCAUAUACUUUGAUCUAUGAAUUCCUUGGCUCUACUAU